GGAGGAGAAGGAGGAGGAGGAGGAGGGAGAGCGCGAUGAGUGGCCCCCCCCCGGUGGCAUGUGGUCACUGAAAGCCGGCGAGGGUGAGAGAACGGCGCCCCGCUUCUUCCUGGGAGCUGGAGAUGAGGGGCUGGGAGCCUGGGGAGCAGGCAUGAGGACACAGGACAGCCAGCUUCUCGAGGACCAGGACGAGGAUGAGGAGGAGGAAGAGGAGGAGGAGGUGCCCCCAGAGCCACAGAUCGUGGUGGGCAUCUGCGCCAUGACCAAGAAGUCCAAGUCGAAGCCGAUGACCCAGAUCCUGGAGAGACUGUGCCGCUUCGACUACCUGACUGUGGUCAUCCUGGGGGAAGACAUCAUCCUCAACGAGCCUGUGGAAAACUGGCCGGCCUGUGACUGUCUCAUCUCCUUCCACUCCAAGGGCUUUCCCCUGGACAAGGCCGUCGCGUACUCCAAGCUCCGGAACCCAUUCCUCAUCAACGACCUGGCCAUGCAGUACUACAUCCAGGAUAGGCGGGAGGUGUACAGGAUCCUGCAGGAGGAGGGCAUCGACCUGCCACGCUACGCCGUGCUCAACCGAGACCCUGCCCGGCCGGAGGAGUGCAGCCUGGUGGAAGGGGAGGAUCAGGUGGAGGUGAACGGGUCGGUGUUCCCCAAGCCGUUCGUGGAGAAGCCGGUGAGCGCCGAGGACCACAACGUCUACAUCUACUACCCCAGCACGGCCGGCGGGGGCAGCCAGCGCCUCUUCCGCAAGAUCGGCAGCCGGAGCAGUGUCUACUCCCCCGAGAGCAGCGUCCGCAAGACGGGUUCAUACAUCUACGAGGAGUUUAUGCCCACAGAUGGCACUGACGUCAAGGUGUACACCGUGGGGCCGGACUACGCCCACGCCGAGGCCCGAAAGUCGCCGGCCCUGGAUGGGAAGGUGGAGCGAGACAGCGAGGGGAAAGAGAUCCGCUACCCCGUCAUGCUGACCGCCAUGGAGAAGCUCGUGGCCAGGAAAGUCUGCAUGGCCUUCAAGCAAACAGUCUGUGGCUUUGAUCUUCUCCGGGCCAACGGACACUCCUUUGUCUGUGACGUGAACGGCUUCAGCUUCGUCAAGAACUCCAUGAAAUACUAUGACGACUGUGCCAAGAUUCUGGGGAACAUCAUUAUGCGGGAACUCGCCCCCCAGUUCCAGAUCCCGUGGUCCAUCCCUACGGAGGCUGAGGACAUUCCCAUCGUUCCCACCACGUCCGGCACCAUGAUGGAGCUACGCUGUGUCAUCGCCAUCAUCCGCCAUGGGGACCGCACCCCGAAGCAGAAGAUGAAGAUGGAGGUGACCCACCCCAGGUUCUUCGCGCUCUUUGAGAAGCACGGAGGCUACAAGACAGGGAAACUGAAACUGAAACGACCUGAGCAGCUACAGGAGGUGCUGGACAUUGCGCGGCUGCUGCUGGGGGAGCUGGGGGCCGAGUCGGGCAGUGAGAUCGAAGAGCGGGCCAGCAAGCUGGACCAGCUGAAGACGGUGCUGGAGAUGUACGGUCACUUCUCGGGCAUCAAUCGGAAGGUGCAGCUGACAUACAAUCCCCACGGGGCCAAGGCCCCUGGCAACGGACAAGGCCCCCAGGGGCCCGCCCCCUCUCUGCUGCUCGUGCUGAAGUGGGGGGGAGAGCUGACGCCCACGGGCCGGGUCCAGGCUGAGGAGUUGGGGCGUGCUUUCCGCUGCAUGUACCCCGGGGGGCAAGGUGACUAUGCCGGCUUCCCUGGCUGCGGCCUGCUCCGGCUCCACAGCACCUACCGGCACGACCUCAAGAUCUACGCCUCGGACGAGGGUCGCGUGCAGAUGACGGCCGCCUCCUUUGCCAAGGGGCUGCUGGCACUGGAGGGGGAGCUGACACCGAUCCUGGUGCAGAUGGUCAAGAGCGCUAACAUGAACGGGCUGUUGGACAGCGACGGAGACUCCCUGAGCAGCUGCCAGCACCGCGUCAAGGCCCGCCUGCACAGCAUCCUGCAGCAGGACGCGACCUUCAGCCAGCAGGACUAUGAGCGGCUGGCCCCCACGGGCAGCAUCUCCCUGCUGAAAUCCAUGGCCGCCAUCGGAAACCCAGUGGAGAUCUGUGACAAGGUGUUUGCCCUCAUCGAAAACCUCACCCAGCAGAUCCAGGAGCGGCUGGAGGACCCCAAGGCUGCCGACCUGCAGCUGUACCACAGCGAGACGCUGGAGCUGAUGCUGCAGCGCUGGAGCAAGCUAGAACGUGACUUCCGCCUGAAAAGCGGGCGCUACGACAUCAGCAAGAUCCCCGACAUCUACGACUGCGUCAAGUACGACGUGCAGCACAACGCGGGGUUGGGGCUGCACGGGACGGACGAGCUGCUGCGGCUGUCCAAGGCCCUGGCCGACGUGGUCAUCCCCCAGGAGUACGGGAUCAGCCGGGAAGAGAAGCUGGAGAUCGCCGUGGGCUUCUGCCUCCCGCUGCUCCGCAAAAUCCUGCUCGACCUGCAGAGGACCCACGAGGACGAGUCCGUCAACAAGCUGCACCCCCUGUACUCGAGGGGGGUGCUGAGCCCCGGCCGCCACGUCCGCACACGGCUCUAUUUCACCAGCGAGAGUCACGUCCACUCCCUGCUCAGCGUCUUCCGCUACGGCGGGCUCCUCGACGAGUCCCAGGAUGCACAGUGGCAGCGGGCCCUGACCUACCUCAGCGCUAUCUCCGAGCUCAACUACAUGACACAGAUUGUCAUCAUGCUGUAUGAGGACAACACUCGGGACCCUUCAUCCGAGGAGCGUUUCCACGUGGAGCUGCACUUCAGUCCUGGAGUCAAGGGUGGCGAGGAGGACGGCAGUGCCCCCACUGGCUAUGGCUUCCGACCAGCCUCCUCUGAGAAUGAGGAGAUGCAGACGGACCAGGGCAGCAUGGAGGACCUGUGCCGGCGGGGGGCACCGGAUGAGCCGGACCGCGCUCCGCAGCCCGCCCCCCAGCCCCCGGAGCCCUCCGGCCUCCCGAAGAAGUCGCCUCUCAUCCGUAACCGCAAGGCCGGCUCUAUGGAGGUGAUGAACAUGCAGUGCACGGGGGGCCUGGACCUGGCCCCGCUGCGGGGCCGGCGCCGCCAGAGGUCAGGUGACCCCCCCCGGCCCCCGCCGCCCAUCGGCCUGCAGCCCCGGGCCAUGUCCAGCUCUCACCUGGCAUCCAGCACACAGGUGCUUUCUGAGAGCUCGUCCUCAAGGCCUGGCAGUUACCGGCUCUUCCCGUCCUCACGACCCCCCACGGAGAUGAAACAGAGCGGCCUGGGCUCGCAGUGCACGGGGCUGUUCAGCACCACGGUGCUGGGGGGCUCGUCCAGCGCCCCGAAUCUCCAGGACUACGCCCGCAGCCAUGGCAAAAAGCUACCCCCCGCCAGCCUGACCCUCAGAGACGAGCUCUUGUCUGUCCCGGCUGUAAAGCGAUUUUCUGUGUCAUUUGCAAAGCAUCCGACUAACGAGCUGCUGGACGAGCAGCACCCCGUGGUCCGGCUGCUGCGCAGUUUCUCCUCUGAGUGCCCGGGGGGCUGGCCGCUCUCCCUGGACGCCACGCUGGCGCACCACCUGCACCAGUGCUCCUACCACCUGCGCCUCUUCCGGAACUGGCUGCGCUCGGGCGGGGGCGAUCCCGAGUGCCUCUACGGGUUCGAAGGGUGCUCUAUGGUGCCAACCAUCUACCCGCUGGAAACCCUGCACAACGCUCUCUCCCUGCGACAAGUGAGCGACUUCUUAAGCUCCAUCUGCCAGCGCCACACCGACGCCCACACCCAAGCCUCUGCAGCCCUGUUUGACUCCCUGCGCAGCGGCCAGCCCCCUGGGGGCCCAUUCCCCCGCCCGCAGACCCUCAGUUCGCCCCCUCUGCCGCUUCAACAGCAAUCCCAGAAGCCCCCCUGGUACAGCAGCGGGCCCUCCAGUGCAGUGUCCAGUGCUGGUCCAUCCUCGCCUACCAUGACAGCGGGGGCUGCCUGCUUUGGCUUUGGUGACCGCCCAGUCUGGAGUCCCCAAGGGAGUGAGGAGCUCCUGGCCCCAGAGGACAGAGCCCAGCCGACCCCCGAGGGCAGGGCCUGGGAGACCUCUAAAAAAGGGCCCCCGGAGAUGGAGACCCCUGAGACUGGGGCCCAGGAGGUCCUGGAGAUCACUGAGGUUGGGACCCGGGAAACCUCUGAGGUCGAGACCCCAGAGACCUCCGAGGUUGGGGCCCGGGAGACCCCAGAGUCCUCCAAGGUUUGGGCUUGGGAGACCCUGGAGACCCCCGAGUCUGGGGCCCGGGAGACGCCGGUGACCCCUGAGGCUGGGCCCCAAGAGACCCUGGAGAUCACUGAGGUUGGGACCGGGGAGAUCCCGGAGACCUCUGAGUUUGGGGCUCGGGAGCCCCUGGAGUCCCCCGAGUCUGGGUCCCGGGUGACCCUGGAGAUCCUGGAGACCUCCAAGGCUGGGGCCCGGGAAAUCCCUGAGACCUCUGAGAUUGAGGCCCGGGAGAACCCAGAGACCCCUGAGGCCGAGGCCCUGGUGACCCUGGAGAUCAGUGAGAUUGGUGCUCGGGAGAUCCCUGAGACCUCUGAGGUUGGACUCAGGGAGACCCUAGAGAUCCCUGAGUCUGGGGCCCAAGAGACCCCGGAGAUCCCUGAGGCUGGGGCCCAGGAGACCCUGAAGAUCACUGAGGUCGGGGCCUUGGAGAGCCCUGAGACAUCUGUGGUUGGGGCUCAGGACCCCCCAGAAACCACUGAGGUUGGGGCCCAGGAGACCCCAGAGACCCCCGAGGUUGGGGCCCAGGAGACCCUGGAGAUCACUGAGGUUGGGGUCUGGGAGAGCCCUGAGUCCCCUGAGGUUGAGGCCCAGGAGACCCCAGAGACCCCUGAUGAGGCUGGGGCCCAGUUAACCCUGGAGAUCACUGAGGUCGGGGCCCCGGAGAACCCGGAGACCUCCGAGGUUGGGGCCUGGGAGAUCCCGGAAACUUCCAAGAUUGAGGCCCCAGAGACCUCCAGGGUUGCGGCCGGGGCGACCCCCGAAGUUGGAACCCAGGAUGCCACAGAGAAGGGGAAAGGGUUGCCCCCCGAGCCAGAGCAGGGCCCUGCGGAACCCCGUGAAGAGGCCGAGCUGCCACCCGGCGAGGAAGGGCCCCGAGCCCCACCCCGAUCUGCUGUCUCGGGCCUGCAGGAACCACUUCUAGCCUGUGACCCGGCCUCUCUGGACCCCCCAGACUUCCCAGGCUCACCGGCCUCGCAUGACUGAGGCACCUGUGAGGUCAUCACACCAGCCCGUGCCUCUGGCCACUAGCCAGCAGUCCUUGUCCUCCCUGCUGCCAGCCCUCCUGGCCCUGGAGAGGCCUAGGGGCGGCAAAGGAGCUGGCAGGGGCCAGGACACUGGGUGCUCAGGAAGCAGGUUCUCCCCUCGGGGGGACGGGCAUGUGGCACUGGAGUUGAGGGGCCCCUGCCAGGCCCAGCAGCUGCCCAUUGCCCAGCAUGGCCAAAGCCUUGGGCAGCAGGCGCCCGCAGAUCUGACAGCCUCAUCCCUGCCCCACCCGAGAGGGAGAAGCAGCAUGUCAUAGUGGAGAGAGCGCAGGACUGGGAGUCAGAAGGUCAUGGGUUCUCUUCCCGGCUC